GUCUUACCCUGGCUGCCUGCCGUUCCUCUCAGAGACCUCGGGGAUGCUGCCCGCUGCAGAGAUGGAGUUCAGUCACAAAAACAACAAAGUGUCGGGCAGAGUUUGAGACAAAGGGGGGAGGUUAGCGGCAUUACCUCCACCGAUCCCAAACGAGCCCUGGGCGGAUCUCUGUCGACAAUAAAGUCGGAGGAAAUUCAAACAAAAAUCCGAGAGAAAAUGAAGCUGCUGAAGCCGAGCUGGGUGAGCCACAACGGCAAACCCAUCUUUUCGGUGGACAUCCAUCCUGAUGGAACUAAAUUUGCAACCGGUGGGCAAGGAGAGGAUUCUGGGAAGGUGAUGAUCUGGAACAUGGCUCCGGUCCUCAGAGAGGAGGAUGAGAAGAAUGAGAAUAUUCCCAAAAUGCUUUGUCAGAUGGACAAUCACCUAGCCUGCGUGAACUGCGUACGCUGGUCCAACAACGGGCUGUACCUGGCCUCAGGGGGAGACGACAAGCUGGUCAUGGUGUGGAAGAGAGCAGCGUUCAUCGGCCCCAGCACGGUGUUCGGUUCGAGCAGUAAGCUGGCCAACGUGGAGCAGUGGAGGUGUGUCACCAUCCUCAGGAACCACACUGGAGAUGUGAUGGACGUGGCCUGGUCUCCUCAUGACGUGUGGCUGGCCUCUUGCAGCGUCGACAACACCAUCGUCAUCUGGAACGCUCGCAAAUUUCCAGAGAUGGUGACGUGUCUGCGAGGACACACCGGCCUGGUUAAAGGCCUGACUUGGGAUCCAGUUGGGAAAUACAUCGCCUCCCAGGCAGACGACCACAGCCUCAAAGUGUGGAGGACGCUGGACUGGCAGAUGGAGGCCAACAUCACCAAACCCUUCAACGAGUGCGGUGGCACAACCCACGUCCUGCGCCUGUCCUGGUCUCCAGACGGUCAGUAUCUGGUGUCGGCUCACGCCAUGAACAACUCGGGUCCCACCGCUCAGAUCGUGGAAAGAGACGGCUGGAAAACCAAUAUGGACUUUGUGGGCCACCGUAAAGCUGUCACUGUGGUGAAAUUCAACCCAAAGAUCUUUAAGAAGAAGCAGAAAAACGGCAGCUCUCCAAAACCCAGCUGUCCAUACUGCUGCUGCGCUGUGGGCAGCAAAGACCGGUCACUCUCUGUCUGGCUUACCUCUCUAAAGCGCCCUCUGGUGGUCAUCCAUGAUCUUUUCGAUAAAUCAAUUAUGGACAUUUCAUGGACUUUGACAGGUCUGGGGAUGCUGGUGUGUUCUAUGGAUGGCACUGUGGCUUAUCUGGACUUUUCCCUGGAUGAAUUGGGAGACCCACUGAGUGAGGAAGAAAAAAACAGCAUCCAUCAAAACAUCUACGGUAAGAGUCUGGCUAUAACCAGCACCGAGGCUCAGCUGUCCACCACCAUCAUUGAGAACCCAGAGAUGCUCAAAUACCAGCAGGAGCGACAGAACUCCGCCCAAGCCACCACGGGACCAGGCAGUGCCGGGCCUGAAUCCUCAGCCCCUAAACUCAACAGUGUGAUGAACGGAGAGUCUUUGGAGGACAUCAGGAAGAACCUUCUGAAGAAACAAGUGGAGACGAGAACGGCAGACGGGAGGAGGCGCAUCACGCCGCUCUGCAUCGCUCAGCUGGACACGGGGGAUUUCUCACCGGCACUUUUCAACAGUGUUCCCAUCCUGCCCUCGGGUUCCUCAAUGUCCAACCAACUCACCCCACAGCUCAGCUCUGACUCCAGCCCUGGACAGGCUUCUUCUCUGGGGCUCAGGCCCAGUCAUGACGCCAUGCUCACCUCGCCUCCAGCCAACAGCACUACAAAAGGACUUGAGGACAACAUUGAUGGCGUCAAGUCCAGUCUACUUCUCACCUCUGCCUCCAAGAUUGAGCCAAUGAAGGCUUUGGACUCCAGAUUCACUGAGAGGUCAAAAGCCACACCAGGUGUCACAGCCGCUAUCUCUUCCACUGGUGGACUCACACCUCUAGACAGCAGGCCAAAGGAUGGCAUCUCCGUCCUGAAAGACGCAAAAACCAAAGAAGAGACAAGCAGCGACAGCGAGGACAAGAUGGCCGCCAUUAACAAAAACCUGGUUUUCAGCAAGAGGAAGCCCGAGAUGGUCAUGGAUGGAGGAGAGGUGGUGGAGAAGAGGAAGAAGGGACGACCCAGGAAAGACAAGAUGGCUGCUCCCAUCGCCCAGCCCUUCACUCAGAUAACUCCUCCAGCAGAGCGGGAGCCCAGCAGGGUGGCAGCUCCUCCAGCUCCUGUAGCCGUUCUAAGGCUACCAACACCAAGUACACAGAAGGCCUUCAGCCUGCAGGUCAGCAUGGAGCCGUCCGUGUUUCUGGAGGUGGAGAACGACGUGUCCGUUGUUGCGGGUUCAAAGCUCAGUCAGCUGCGAUGCUCCAGAGACGGACGAGACUGGAACACGCUACUGCCCAGCUCAGUGCUCACUGCUGCAGGGAGCAGUGACAUCCUGGCCGUUGCCUGUGAGGACAGGAUGUUGUCAGUGUUCUCUUCCUGCGGACGACGCCUCCUCCCGGCCAUCCAGCUGGCCACGCCCGUGUCCACCUUGCACUGCUCCGCCCACUUCGUCAUGGUUUUGACCGCUGGAGCGACGCUGUCCGUCUGGGACGUACACAGACAGAAGGCUCUGGUGAAGAACGAGUCCCUGCUGACCAUUUUUGCUGGAGCUGAGACCACAGUGUCUCAGUCUCUGCUGACUCAGCAGGGCGUUCCAGUUAUUGGACUGUCCAAUGGAAAGUCUUAUUGCUUCAGCUCCUCACUGGAGACUUGGACUCUGAUAGCAGACAAAGGAGACUCUCUGGUCCAGUGUGCUGAUUUCAGGAGCUGCUUACCUACUCACGAUUCACCUGUGUCUUCGGGGCCGCUGGCCGUCAUGCAGGGACGCAACCUCAAUGCUGGUCGGCUGGCGUCGCGCCUCUCCUCCACCCCUCACCACCUGCAGCAGAGCAUGACGCUGGCCUUCCUGGAGAAUCAGCUAGCCUCAGCUCUGACACUGCAGUCAGCGCAGGAGUAUCGCCACUGGCUGCUUAUCUACGCCCGUUUCCUCGUCAAUGAAGGCUCAGAGUAUCGUCUCAGAGAACUAUGUAAAGAGCUGCUGGGUCCCGUCCACAAAUCAGCAGCAACAUCGUGGGAGCCCACCACUCUGGGUCUACGUAAGCGGGAGCUGCUGCGGGAGGUUUUACCCGUCAUCGGAGAAAACCUGCGAUUCCAGAGACUCUUCACCGAAUACCAGGAUCAGCUGGAGCUGCUGCGCAACAAAUAACACACACUGCUACAACACACACAGACUGACAUGAACUCACGCUAGGACUGAAGUUCAAGUAAACCGGCUGCUUUCAUGAACUGCUUUUGUAGAACAUUACCAGGCAGCACACAGAUGACCAGAGAGGUCGCUCUCUGAGGAGAAGAUCCUUCUUUUUUUGUUUCCACGAUUCAGUUUGAACUGCCCUUUUGUGUCUUUUUUCUGACCUAUGCACCUCCUGCCCUCCGAAUAAUGAAUUUAAAACCAUUAACUCCACACAGCAGAUGCUGAUGGGAAAAUGAACUGUCAUCAGCAGAUUGUUCUAAUGUCACUUUCCCUCCUCAGAGUGAAAUUACAGAGUUGAGAUGCUCCUAAAAUAUGAAUCAGAAUGGAUGUGAAGGAGCACCAUGUUUGUACCAAAGCCAAGCCUUUAGAAAGAAAUAACCGCAGGGAGCAGAAAAUAAAGCGCGUCCAGGUAAUCAACAGCGUUUUUGAAGGUUGAAGACGAUAUUUGAAUCCACUGGUGGAUUUCUUCUCAAUCGUCAUCGAAACUGGCAAAAUGUCCCCACAUGAAAUAUGACUACACUGCAGUACAACACGGUUCAGUGGAAAGGAAGUCAGAAGGGAUGGAGAAUGCUUCACCUUUUUGCCUCUUUGCAGUUGAUUCAGACCCACAAAGACAUUCACACGUGUCAAAAAGAGCACUUGUGGAUGUUUAGAUGUUAGAAAAUGAGUUUGUGCCCAGACUGAAACACAGCAGCCAGGAGUCUGCAGCUUGGACUGAAGCAUCCGCCGUCUACAAAACGUGCUUCUCCAUCCUACUGUGCAGUGGAUCUUGGUUCACAGUUCUUCGUAAUAGAUUUUAGAAUGUCAUCCUUCUGCAUGUUGACGUGCAAACUGCCAGCAAAUUCAGCUCCUCACUGAAUAAUUAAGUAGAACCCACCAUCCUCCUGUGGCGGUGUGGAAAUCCCCUACAGAUGUGCAGCUUUUGUGUGAUAAAGAAUCAAAGAAUCUAAAGUUCAAACGCACUCAGAAAAGUCACAUUUUCUUGUGUGAAUGUCUCCGUUCUCAGGCAGCUCUUUACCCACACCCAAGUGUUCAAGCAGCCAAACUGUUUGAAAAUAAGACAAAUCUCUCCCAUCACAGCAUCUGGUGCGACUUUUCUACUCCAACAAAGCUGGUUCUGGAUUUUUCAGAAAACUGUGUGGGUUGUUAUUAUUAUCAUUAUUAUUAUUAUUAUUAUUAUUAUUAAAAUCAUGAGUGUGUAUGCUUAGAGUUAUCACCAGAAUCAGAAACAGAGCCCUGGCUUUGUGAUGUGUUUUUGUGUUUCUGCAAGGACAUCACGAAGGAGGACAGGAAGCUGUGUUUUGUGUGAGGUUUGAACUUGUGUCAAAGGUCAACAAGCCCGUUGAUAUUUGCGUUGGAGGACUCCUCUGCCAGCUCCGCGUGUCGACUAGUUUACUGCUCGAUUUCACCACAUUUCCUUCCUUCCUUUCUGUCAGUCAUUUUUUAUCGUUGGUACAACUUCUUUUCCCCUUUCCUGUAAGGAAAACAGUAAAUGAGACGAGCUAUUUCUUUGAAAGAAAAAGUAAAGAUGAAAGAAAUGAACAAAUGAAGAAAUUGUAAUUUCCUGUGGUUUCUUCACUGUAUGUGUGUGCAUUAAGGGAAACAGUGGGUAGGAUGCCUCGUUUAGAAAGAAUUGCACCUACGUGUGUGACACAUAAAGUAUCACAUCAACAUUAAAAGCAUUUACUUGAGUGUAGAUGAAAAGUUUUCUCAUGAAAGAUGCUGCGGUUUGUUUCAAAUACACCAUCUUUGAAUUGCUGUAAUUGCUUCGUUUCCCGAGGAGACCUGGGGUUGUACCCGCACUUGAAAUUGUGAUGGAUGUCGCCCACAUAAGUGGAGCAACUUCCUGAAGAGGGCUGGGCUGAUCAGUCCUCGCUGCGUGUUCUCUGCAGGUUUGCGUUUUUCACCUCUUUCAGACGGGGGGUCAGAAGCUGGAUGGAGUUCCUUCAAAUCACCCUGAGUCGCCGUUUUUUUAUGUAAUUUGAGCGUUUUUACUGGUUGACAUGAACGUUUGGUCUCUUCCAUGGCUCCUCGCUGCCUGGGCUGCGAUGAGCCUUCUCAACAGUGUGCUCUCUUCUGGUGAGUUUCUUAUAAUAAGCUAUUGUUUACUGUGGUUUCUGUGGAGACCGGUGUACAUGAGUCUUGAAUUAAUAAAACUACUGAAUUAUA